AUGUGGCACGAUGUUGAAGCCUUCGUUCCAGCUUCACUUAACCACAAUGAUGAUAUUCCGCGAGCAGCAUUUCUGUUACGCGGUGAAGGAAUGGGUAACAAGAAGGAUCGUAAGAACAAUUCCAAUCGACGCGAUACUGAAGUCGGUGGAGUGGCGCAUCAGAAAAACACAUUAGCGGCAAAGGCUGAGGCUAUUAUCGGUGACCAACUGCUCCCAGGUCGUCGUCCGUGCAAGUGUCAAGCUCGGAUCCAUCCUCUUGUGAGGAAUUGUAUCGGCUGCGGCAAAAUUGUUUGUAAGCAAGAAGGGAGUGGACCUUGUUUCUUUUGCGGGACUCUCGUUUGCACCAAGGAAGAAAGAGAGAUUCUCGAGCGCGGUUCUCGUAAAAGCGCUGAACUUUACAAUCAAUUGAUGGGAACGAAGAAAGACGGCCACGCAAAAGACAUCUCGCUAUCUACAAUUGGAGCAGAGUUUCAAAAAGCCACUCAGUUCAGAAAUAAACUCCUUGCUGCGGAUGCGGACUCGGAACGACGUACAAAAGUGAAUGAUCUUGAGAGCGAUUAUUCCUGCAUUGAAAAUAGUCCAUAUCUGACACCUGAGGAGCGACUUGCAAUCAAGCAACGUCGUUUGGAACUGCAGCAAAUUAGAGAGAAAAAACGACGAAAUAUUGUAGUCAGUGUAAAUAUGGGCGACAUGUCGGUCACUGAAGAGAACAGAGUGGUAGGAACUGAGAAUUAUGAUCCAGUCAUAGAAUCUAUAGUCAACAAAUCAGAAGAGAGAAGACGAGCUGCCGAUGCUGCACGGAACUCAGCGGUUGAUGCGCACUGGAUCCCAAAGGGCUUCGUUCCCAAGUACGAUCAAAGUCGAGGAAACCAUUUCACAUCCAACGUGAACGAGUUUUCGGAUGUGGACGCCUUGUGUAUGAUGAACGAGGAAUUAAGCAAACUGGAGGUAGAGAGACGUGGAUACACGAUUGCACUUCCGCAACCUUGUGCGUCGCUCGUUGCGCAUGGGAUUGUAAAAUAUAUACGAUGGUUUGAAGACAUCAACUUGAAAGGUCCGAUUUUCAUCUGCUCGACUGUGUCUGCAGUCACGAACAAGGAGGUGACAGAUUUCAUGAAGCAGUACAAACUAGGUAAUCUACCAGACCGAGAUUUGGAUUUUUCAUCUGGGAGCAUAUUGGGUCGAGCAUAUGUUGAUGAGUGUUUAACAUAUAAAGACUUUGUCACUGAGUACAAUGUUCCUGUGUCUGGAAAUGGUGACUUUGUUUUGAUGUUUUCAACUUAUGAGCCACUUACGAUCCCUGUGCCCUACAUUCCAUCUGCACCUUUCUUCCAGCUGGAAAAGGAAAUACUUCACGUUUUGGGAAAUGUGUUUGGGUCGUAGUCUUUUGUAUCACAAAUAUUAUAAUUCAUUUCAAAGGAACACUUACGCGCAUACCGCUCCGGGCAUUUGGUAGCUUUUUGUGCUCGAAAGACUUUAUUGAUUGAUUCUGAUUCUGAUUGAUGAUUGAUUGAUUCUGCUCCUUGUAUUGUGCAAGCUUCAUAUCUUGCUCAACAUACGGUGAUCGGCUUUGCAUCUGUUUACCGCCUAUGAGUAAUACCGUAAUUGACAUCAUGAAAUUUGGAAGCAGAAAUGCCUAAGAUGUGUCUAAUGGUUUUACUCUAUAAGGAGUUUUUUAUUGUGAUCUGAUGAGAUAGGAACUGUCUGUGAUAUGGCAUAAGCUGGUGAAACCCGUGUGUUUGUACGAGAUUGC